AUGAGCAGUAAAAAAAAAACUACUACAAUCAAAACUAAUGACACCAACACCACUCUCAAGACUAAUAAUACCAACACCACCUUCAAAACUAAUAAUGCUACCACUACGAGUAAUAACACUAUCACCUCCAUGACUGAUAAUAGUAACCCCUUCGAGAACUAUUAUGUCCUCCAAACAUCACCCAAUUCAAGACCUAGCCAAAGGACAUCUAAUUCUAAUCAUCAAUAUGAUUCAACCUAUGAUCUCAGAGAAGAUAAUGACUAUAAUGUUGAUAAAAGCAGACCCUUGGAUAAUUUUUCAGAAGAAAAUUUAGAAUAA